AAGAUCGGACUAUGAAUACCGGCCUAUGUAAUGUUUGAUUAUGUUUACGAGAUCUAUUAAUGACACAGAAUAUAUAAAUUUAAUAAGAUUUCGUGUCCAACCUCAAAUCUGCAAAAUGCAUAUAUUUCUCGAUAUUAGAAAGUGAAAUUUAUUGUUAAAGUAUAAUUUGAGAAUAAUUUAUUGUCAGCAAGAUUUUUUGCGGCAAAAUAGUGUUUGCAAAUUUUGACAGAAUAUAAAUCGUAAUACAGAAACUUCUAUUAAAUUUUGAUAUUAAUAUAUUAUACUUUAUACACAAUGUAUAAAUCUCAAUUUGUUGGUCUGGAUGAUAAACCGUGCGAUACAAAAUGCCUGUUAUGCGAUUGCAUAUUUGUCCUUCCGACAAAUGAAACUGACUUUCUCACACAUUUAUUCAAGUCGCAUCGUCUCGUUAUAGCGGAUGUUACGAAAAUAGCUAGUUUGAAAAGUUAUAUACAUUACUGGAGUGUAAAGUUUAAGGAGGCACCAUUGACAGCUUAUUGUACAACAUUGUUAAUGAAUUGUACACCAGAUGGUCAGCCAAGUAAAAAUGAACAUUAUUUUUUGCUCUCUGACUGUUUGUCAGAGGACAAAACUUUGAGAAAUGAAAUACAUCAGGCUAAAUUAGAAUUGGCAUUAGCGCAACAAGAAGAUGAGCGUGCGGAUAAAAGUUUUAAGCGUGGUUGCAUGUUUUGCCGUACAGAAUUCUGUGGAUCACGUAUUACAUAUAUAAAACAUCUUUUUCAAAAGCACAAUCUUUAUCUUGGCAAACCAGAAAAUUUAGUAUUCGUCGAUGAGCUUUUGGACAAAAUUCAGAAUAAUAUUGAAAAUUUAAUAUGUAUUUAUUGUGAGAAAAUAUUUAAAGAUCGUACGGUAUUAAAGGAGCAUAUGCGAAAAAAAUUCCACAAGUGCAUAAAUCCUCAUAAUAAAAUGUAUGAUAAAUUUUAUAUAAACAAUUAUUUAGAGUCAGGAAUAAUCUGGAAGCAAGGACAGCCAAAUUCAGGAAAGAAUCUGGAUCUAGGAGAUAGUAGUAGUGAAAAUGAAGAUGAGGAAACUUCAUGGUCUGAUUGGAGUGGCGAAUCUAUUGAAAUAAUAUGUUUAUUAUGUAAUUAUGGCAAUAAUGAAUUUGUCUAUACCUUAAGACAUAUGAAAGAAGUUCAUAAUUUCGAUUUUGAAGAAACAGUCAAAGAUUUGACUUUUUAUCAAAAGGUAAAAGUAGUUAAUUAUAUAAAGAGACAAAUUCAAUUAGAACAAUGUAUUUUCUGUGAAGCAAAAUCAGAUAAUGUCUUAGAACACAUGAAGACUCAACAACAUUGUAAAAUUCCUGCAGAGAAAGUCUGGAAUCAACCAGAAUAUUAUUUUCCUAUGUCAGAAAAUGAUUCAUUUUUAUACAAUCUCGAUGCAACUAGUAAGAGCGAUGAAGAAAAUGAUUCUGAGAGUCUUACUGAAGCAAUGUCUAAUUUAUAAUGUUUUCUUUUAAAAUAAUUUCUCUCUUGAGAUAAUUUGAAGUUCUACUAACUCAUAAAUAAUCAGUUCACUAUCAGUUUGUGAAAAAUGUUAUAUAUAUGUACUAAAAGAAUUUUGUUGUAUACUCUCUUGCUGUUAUUAUAUAAUAAA